GGCAGACCCACCCACCGGCCACGCCAUGGACGGACACCCAAGUCGCCACCAACCAACCCCUGCGACACGAGCGAGCCGGGUGCACCAACCGCAGCCGGCACGCGCUCCUCUGCCUCUGCUCCCACUCCCAGUGCGGAGCACAGGUGCCUGCUGCUGUUCUGUUCGGCUUCGUCGCCUCAUCAUAAGCUUCUAGAUACAUGCUACAGUAUGCUGCUAGUACCAUCUCACCAAAUAUUGCAGCCAAAGCAACCACCGACCCCAACACGCCAUGCGUAAACUGCGAUCGUUUGGCGCAUGGCGCGCCGCACGCGAGCGCCAUAUAUUGUCACACCACAACUAGGACUAGGAUACAUAGGCAGGCACCCACCAGCAGGCAGCAGCAACGAUACGCCCAUGGCCGCCGCCGCCGCCGCCGCCGUGCCCCUCCUCCUUUUGCUGGCCGCCGCCGCGGCCUCGCCGGCGUCGGCGGCGGCGGGCGGAGGCAAGCAGACGCACAUCAAGCUGUACUGGCACGACGUGCUGAGCGGGCCGAACCCGACGGCGGUGCAGGUGGCACGCGCGGCGGUGACCAACACCUCCAAGACGAGCUUCGGCCUCGUGGUGGUCAUCGACGACCCGCUCACCGAGGGGCCCGACCUCAACUCCUCCACGCCCCUCGGCCGCGCGCAGGGCACCUACGUCGCCGCCGGCAGGGACGAGGUGGCCCUGCUGGUGAACAUGAACUUCGUCUUCCAGGGCGGCAGGUACAACGGCAGCACCGUCGCCAUCAUGGGCCGGAACGCGGUGUUCGACGCCGUCCGGGAGAUGGCCGUCGUCGGGGGCACCGGCGUGUUCAGGAUGGCGCGAGGGUACGCGCAGGCCAGGACGCACACCCUCGACCUCAAGACCGGCGACGCCAUCGUCGAGUACAACCUCUAUCUCAAGCACUGAACUGAUCUUCCGAGUGCUCUGCUCCAUCCACCGCGCGCAGUAGUAAUACAAUACAGGCUUUGAUUUGUGCUUUAUUUUGGGGGAUGAACGAAUUAUUACUCAUGGGAGAAGAAUCAAGCUCGAAUUUACAAGAAUAAUCCGUUGGCUACGAAUGUCGGGCGCCGCAACCACCGCUGAGAAUCCCCCAUUUUUCAUCGUUUCAACCACUUCUAUUUGAUUUGCCGCAUACAUCCAUUACGAAUUGGGUUACUUGAUAGUGUUGUUGUAACUGCCUUGAUUACUUGCUGCUCCAUUGGAGUUGGAUAAACAACUGAAGUGGACUUAGCCAUGAUGUGAUUGA